AUGCGUUUGAAAAUUUUCAUGGGUUUAUGCCUUUUGUGCUACACAAAUGCUCAAGUGGACAGAGAUUGGAGUUUCCAGCAAAUGUGCGAAUUUUGGGGUGGAGAGCAAACUUAUCGUGCCAGAAAUGGAUACAAGUCGAUGGAAGGUGACAAAUGCACGUUCAAGUUUUCUUAGGCAUCGAACAAUGAGGAAUCCGCUCAGCAGUACUGUGAAGACAAUGUUCCUUAUCAUAUCAAUAAUGCAGAAGCAUCGGAAUAUAAAACAACCUGUGAAGCAGAAGCAACAUUAAUUUGUAAAAGUGGAUGGGUUCAGAUGUUUGGAAGAUGUUACAAGAUCACUAAGACGAUGAUGACACGUGAUAAAGCUGAAGAACAUUGCAAGAAUCAACAGGAUCAUACAUCGACAAUUGCAUUCAUGCAUAGAGAAGCAUUGCCUUUUAGAUGGAAUGAUUACUUCACUCGUGUUUCUCGUAUCUGGAUGGAUGCAAGUAAAGUUAUCACGAAUGAUUUGAUCUACGACGUCGAAGGUGGUAAUGUACUUCUGGCAUUGGAUGGAUACAAAUACAAUCUUCCAAAUGUUGCAAUUGCUCGUGUUCCUAAGGAUGAAACUGCAAUGGUUCUAUGCGAGUACACUCCACCAAAGACAAAAUCAGAGAGCAACUACUUGCUCAGAAGAUAUGGGGAAAUCUAUUAUCCACCUCUUGUCACAUCAGAAUCUGUGUACAUGAGAACAACGAGCAGUCGAAUCAGAAAUGCGGAAGAUCCGUUGGCAGAUCACAACUACUGUACUGAACUCAUGAAGCCUGUUUUUCGUGGUGGAGAGGCUCAAUCAGCUCUUCCCACUCAGGAAUUCGUCAAGAAACUAACUGGAACAAGUGCGGCCGAGAUAAUAAGAACAUCAUCAGUUUCAAUGAAUGCUAAUAAAAAAGAACGAAUGAUUCUUGCAUGCGUGGAUCAUACCGACCCUCAUCAUCUUAUGAAUUUGAAAGGAGUGCCCCUCUGUACUGUGAAAAUAUUGUGGAGUAUUUCACUUACUCAAAGUGCCCAGAUGGAUUCCGCGAGUACAAAAGAGUGAAAACAGGACAAUUGUGGUGUCACAAGUACGUUCAUGAUAUGAGUAUGAACAACGACGACGCCGAGAAGAAGUGUAACGACAUGGGAGCCCAUCUUUCUUCCUUCACGACAUAUGAAGAAUUGAAAUUGCUAGAUGAAAUGAUCCUUGAAGUAUACCCCAACGAUAAUAACAUAGCUGUGUGGUUGGGAGCUAAACGGAGAGAAGAAUGUGGCGACCUGUCAAAAAAUUUCACAGGAGGAUAUUCCAAAGAUAUACAUGAUCCUUGUGCUCGUAGUCGUGUAUUCGAAUGGCAAAAUGGAGUUGCUCAAAAUCCACCCAUUUUUGUUGGUGACGGCUUUGACUACUGGGCGGAGAAAUACGAACCUAAUCAUAGUACAGAUUCUGAAAGAUGCUUGGUUCAGAUGAGCGGAUCCAUGUCUGUGUGGUAUGGAGAUAAUAAGCCCCGAAACAUGCAAAUCAACGAUAUUUACUGUAAUUAUGAGUUCAAGUUCCUUUGUGGAAAGGAAGCUACAACAUUUGCUGUGAAGAAAAACCUGUAA